CAUAAAUCUGCUUGCACCGCCCUCCCAUUCAGCAGUUGUUGCAUCGACCCCGUUGGGUACAACACGCAACGCAAACCCCCCGUUUUUACAAAGCCUCCUUCUUGGCGUUUUCUCCUUCUCUUCUUCCUCCUUGAACCUCAGACGGAAAAAUGCGUGAGUGCAUCUCUAUCCACGUCGGUCAGGCUGGUGUCCAGAUUGGCAAUGCCUGCUGGGAGCUCUACUGUCUGGAACAUGGGAUCCAGCCGGACGGACAGAUGCCCAGCGACAAAACUCUUGGAGGAGGAGAUGAUUCCUUCAACACCUUCUUCAGCGAGACUGGAGCUGGAAAGCAUGUCCCCAGAGCCGUUUUUGUAGAUCUGGAGCCCACUGUCAUCGAUGAGGUUCGCACAGGGACCUACCGUCAGCUGUUCCACCCUGAGCAGCUGAUCACUGGGAAAGAAGAUGCUGCCAAUAACUACGCCCGUGGACACUACACCAUUGGCAAAGAGAUUAUUGACCUGGUACUGGACAGGAUUCGCAAACUGGCUGACCAGUGCACAGGCCUGCAGGGCUUCCUGGUUUUCCACAGUUUCGGUGGAGGAACCGGUUCAGGUUUUACCUCCCUGCUGAUGGAGCGGCUCUCGGUGGAUUAUGGAAAGAAGUCCAAGCUGGAGUUUUCAAUCUACCCAGCUCCCCAAGUGUCCACUGCUGUUGUGGAGCCCUACAACUCCAUCCUGACCACCCACACCACCCUGGAGCACUCCGACUGUGCCUUCAUGGUGGACAAUGAGGCCAUUUAUGAUAUCUGCCGCAGAAACCUCGACAUCGAACGCCCCACCUACACCAACCUGAACAGACUGAUCAGCCAGAUUGUGUCCUCCAUCACUGCGUCUCUGCGUUUUGAUGGUGCCCUGAAUGUUGAUCUGACAGAGUUCCAGACCAACUUGGUGCCGUACCCCCGUAUCCACUUCCCUCUGGCCACCUACGCCCCUGUGAUCUCUGCAGAGAAGGCUUACCACGAGCAGCUCUCAGUGGCUGAGAUCACCAACGCCUGCUUCGAGCCGGCCAAUCAGAUGGUAAAAUGUGACCCUCGCCACGGAAAGUACAUGGCCUGCUGCCUUCUGUUCCGUGGUGACGUGGUGCCCAAAGAUGUGAAUGCUGCCAUCGCCACCAUCAAAACCAAACGCACCAUCCAGUUUGUGGACUGGUGUCCCACUGGCUUCAAGGUUGGCAUAAACUACCAGCCUCCCACUGUGGUCCCUGGUGGUGACCUAGCCAAGGUUCAGAGGGCAGUGUGCAUGCUGAGCAACACCACUGCUAUUGCAGAGGCCUGGGCUCGGCUGGAUCACAAGUUCGAUCUGAUGUACGCCAAGCGUGCAUUCGUCCACUGGUAUGUGGGUGAGGGGAUGGAGGAGGGAGAGUUCUCCGAGGCCAGGGAGGACAUGGCAGCUUUGGAGAAGGAUUAUGAGGAGGUUGGGGUUGACUCCAUUGAGGGUGAGGGAGAGGAGGAAGGAGAAGAGUAUUAAAAUAAACAGAGGAGUUGAGCAGGAAUUAACUACAACACGUUCUUAAACGCAUUCAAACCAGAGAUGUUUGUCCAUCAAAGUAUCAAUUUGGCUGUUUGAAUAAAACUCCUGAAAUUGUCAAGUUUGGCUUUGUUCUGAAUAAAAUCUCUGAUGUGAA